AGAUCGAAGAUUUGUCCCUCGAUUCGAUUUCUAUUACUGUCAUCAUCAAUAAAAUGUUACAUAAAUUUCCAGCACAGCGAGCGAACGCAGGUGCUUAUAAAUAUGGAAUGCCUAAUUGAUAAUUAUCAUUUUGUUCGGUUUUCCAUAAUCCACACGGCGAUAUGCGAUAUGCGAUCUAUGAUCUGUGAUCGCUGAUCGGCUAAUGGCUAAAUUAGUCUAGUCGUAUCUAGUCAAAUCGAUUGAAAACGGUUAGAAUGCGGAUUACAAUCUAGUCCAAAACGCCACCACAUUGUUUGUUUUAUGCGUUUAUAUUCUAUCAUUAAUCUUGGGGGCCAUAAAUCCAUUCAAAGGCAUUAUUCAAAUACGCUCGAUGAGUGCAAAUUAUGUUUUAUGUGUUUAUUUUGGCAAUAUUUAUGCGACCUCCAAAGCGCCGGGUGAACGUUGGUUCGAGUCUUCGCUUUCGACUGACUCACCGAUCGAUUUUGCGUUUGGGUCACCAUUUAUGGUGACAAAAAUAGCGAAAAAUAGCGAAACACAAGUCGAAAUUGGUGGGAAAUUCCGCACAGAUGGAACAAGAUGGCUAAUCUGGGCGAUAAUGAUCUGGAUCUUUUAAGGCAACGGAAAUUAAAUUCGACUCAAUUGUGAAACAAUGCCAGUUUCAUUUUCAAUAUGCAUAUAUUUAAAUGGAAAAGGUUUCAAAAGAAGUUCCAAAUAUAUAAGAAAUAAAUAUUUAUUGUUUAUUUCACUAACAAGCAAGUACUUCUUCAGUUUUCACUUCAUUAGCUAUAAAAGUAACUAACUACAAAAUAUAAACACAAUAUAACAAGAGCUUUGUUAAAAAUGGAAUACUUUGAAGUUAGAAAUUUGCCAAAAAUAGAAAUAGAAAAUAAAUGCAAGCCCAAGAUAUUCAUUGAUCAAUCCAACUGUCACAGAUAUUCGCAAACUAAUCGAUAGGCCCGAAACUAAUGAUGGACGUGAACAAACAAACUAACAAAUAACCCAGCAAACGUGUUUCUGGACAAGAUUGAUGCCGCCAGCGAUGUUGAGGUGCCGUUUAAUGAGAUUCGCUAGGCCUCCAUUCAAUAGUUUUUUCAGUUUUUUUUUUUGCAGCUGAGAUAGGUAAGAUAUAGUGAUGAAGCCGUACAUUUAGAUAUUUGCUAAUCCAUCGUGAAUGCCCAGCCGUCCACCAGGGUCACCGCACCGGCCCAGUCAAGUUCAAUGUCAGAGGAGAGUCGUCUUUGUCCAAUAGUCCAAUGGUCCAAUGGUGGGCCCAAACCAUGGUGGUUGCUGUUGCUGUGUUGCUGGCUCGGCUGCGUUCGUUCUAAUUUGAAUAAGUUUUAGGUCAGAUCACAAGGCGGCGUAUAGCAGCAGUAGACCCAUAGGCCCAGAGAAGACGAUGAUGACGAUGUGACGAUGAUGGCGAUGCUUUGGCUAUCGAGAGCAGCGGCUAUGAUGAUGUUAUAUGCGGCAUUUGCAUUUGCAUAAACGGCCAAACAGCGACGCCGACAGAGGAGGCAGCCAUUUGACAAUCGGAGCAUAUUUAAGACAAGUGGAGCGGCCCAAAAUGCAAUCAUUGGCUCGCAGCAAUUCGUCAACGCAGCAUCCCCAAAAACAGGAGAACAACUACCACUAAGGAUUACAAACACUCAGGAAGGGAUUACGCACAUAAUCGAAAAAUAACAAAAAUCACCAUGUUUGUCCAGCAAGUGCUCGUUGGCUGCCUGAUCCUGGUGGCUUUGACCCAAGCCCGUCCCCAAUACGGCUACGAACAACCCAGUUCGGACAUCUUCAUCGGCGGUGGAUCCGCGCCCGUUGGCAGCGUGGGAAUCGGUGGCUCCUCCGGCGGCGGUCUGGUCAGCAUCCAGCCACACCGUGGUGGCGACAAGUACCUGCCCCCGGCCAGCACCACCCUGGCGCCCAUCAUCAACAAGAAGUUCUAUCUGGUCUCCGCACCCGAGGAUCACAGCAACGAUGGCAAGGUGAAGCAUUUGGUCUUGGGACGUCCACAGAAGAACUACCGCGUGGUGUUCAUCAAGGCGCCAGCCGGCGAUAAUGCCAACGUGAAGUAUUCCGCCGAGUUUGCGCCACAGGAGGAGAAGACCGUCAUCUAUGUGCUCAGCAAGAAGGAUAACGAUGUGGAUGCCAGUGACAUUGCCACGCCCGCACCCACACAGCCCAGCAAGCCGGAGGUGUUCUUCAUCAAGUACAAGACCGACGACGAGGCCAAGCAGGCGCAGCAGGAGAUCCAGGGACAGUACGACAAGCUGGGCGGCACCAACGAGUACCAGGAGGACAACAAUGCACCCAUCACCUCGGUGAUCGGCAGCCUGGAUGGCCUGAAUCCCGAUGGUAGCUACAACUACCGCCAGAUCGCCAACCGUCCACCGGCAGUGGCGCCCAACUCCCAGUAUCUGCCCAGUUUGCUGAAGCACUAGAGGAUGUCGGCACCAGUGGAUCAUCUCUCUCCAUCUCAAUCAAAAUCAGAAAAACAAAACGCCCAUUCUCGAACCCUGUUGUGUUGUAUAUUUUUAAGAAAUGCCUCAAUAUUUUUUUGUAUUUUUUUUGUGUUAUAUCGAACUGUUGUUAAUAAAAAGCUUAUAUUAAAAAAAAA